AAAGAAAAACACCAACGAUUUGCCCAAGAUAUGCAUGACACUGUUUCCAUCAGAGAUGCUGUCAAAACAAGAUACAACGAGUUAAGGAAUCAGAGAUUAAAUGAGUUCAAAACGGGCUUUAACGAAAUCGCAAUCAAACUGAAAGAAAUGUACCGGAUGAUCACGUUGGGGGGAGAUGCUGAUUUGGAGCUUGCCGAUUCAAUGGACCCGUUUUCAGAAGGAAUAAUUUUCAGGUACGUCAAGUCGUGGAAGCAGAUAUCAAACUUAUCCGGAGGCGAAAAGACCCUCAGCUCAUUAGCGUUGAUUUUCGCGUUGCAUUCGUACAAGCCAACGCCGCUAUAUGUAAUGGACGAGAUCGAUGCUGCUCUCGACUUCCGGAACAUUUCCAUUGUGGCCAAUUACAUCAAGGUACUACGCUUACAAUUGAUGUCAUAG